AUGGCUCCUCAAUCCUCUGAUAUAUCCACCCCAAUCAUCACCAACACCAACUCCAACACCAUAUCCUCCCUAAUCACCAUCAACGCUGCUGCACAACUUCCCGUCAAGCUUACCCCUACAAAUUACCCAUCUUGGCGUGCUCAGUUUAACGCCCUCCUUAUUGGCUAUGACCUCCUGGGCUAUGUGGAUGGUUCUUCUACAUGCCCACCAGCCACUCCAGCCGCGCCUCGCGCCCUUUGGAUUCGUCAGGACCAGCUGCUCCUCCAUGCCAUUCUUGCAUCCGUAUCACCGCAAGUAAUAUCCCUUAUUGCCUCCGCCAAGACCUCCAAGGAGGCGUGGGACAAAUUGCUCCACCUCUAUGCUAGCAAAGCACGUGCUCGUGUCCUUGGUCUCAAGGAACGCCUUACUCUUAUGCGUCGUGAGGAUAAGCCUGUCUCUCAGUAUUUGCAAGAUGUUAAGGUUAUCGCUGAUGAACUUGCCAUCAUCGAUGUCCCCCUUUCUGAUGAUGAUCUUCUCCUUUACAUUCUCAAUGGUGUUGGUUCUGAAUUUAAGGAGAUCGCUGCUGUUGUUCGUUCCCGUGACACCUCUAUCUCAUUCGAAAAUCUUCAUGAUAAGUUGGUUGAACAUGAAGCUGCCCUUACACGUGCCGACGCUCCAGUUACCACACCUGUCAUCACUGCUAAUGUCACUCAAAGCUCCCAGCGAGCCCCCACCAACCGUGGCUCUCGCUCCCACACCUACAAUCACAAUCGUGGUUCUUCUAGCUUCCGCAACAAUUACCGUGGUUCCUCUGAAUCCACCUCGCCCUCAACCACUGACAACGGUCGUCGUUCAAACACAACUACUGGCACUGGUUAUCGUGGCUAUUGUCAAUGGUGUGGUACACAAGGUCAUAGUGCCAAACGUUGUCCCCAGCUUCAAUCUGGCUCCCAAAGUCAGCCAGUGGUCAAUUCUACCUACCAUGGCCGCCACAAUGCCUCUCCCACAUGGUUGCUUGAUUCCGGUGCUUCUCACCAUGUUACCUCCAAAGUCACCAAUCUCUCCGAUGUCUCCACAUAUGCUGGCCCUGAUGAAAUAAUUAUUGGUAAUGGUUCAGGUUUGGGUAUAACUCAUGAUCUGAGCACGGGGGCGGUACUUCUUCAAGGCCCGAAUAAGGACGAUGUGUAUGAGUGGUCCCCCCAAUCCCUCCGUCAACCUCAGGCCAUGGUGGGUGUGGUGGUCUCUCCAAAUUUGUGGCACCGGCGUCUUGGUCACCCACAUUCUAAAACUCUUCACCAAGUUCUUCGUUCCUCUUCCAUUCAUGUGUCCUCCAAAUUGUCCGAGUCUCUUUGUCAUUCAUGUCAAUGUAAUAAGAGCCAUAGGCUCCCAUUUGGUACUUCUUCCCUUCAAAGCAAUGGUCCGUUAGAGCUCCUUUAUAGUGAUGUUUGGGGCCCUGCUCCUUAUUCUUCCAUUGAUGGCUUUUCCUACUAUCUUAUUUUUGUUGAUCAUUUUACCAAGUACAUAUGGCUAUACCCUCUCAAAAAAAAAUCAGAUGUGUUUUCCACCUUCACCACCUUUAAAGCCCUUGUUGAAAAUUAUUUCAAAACUAAAAUCAUCACCUUAUUUACUGAUGGUGGAGGGGAAUUUGUCAAACUCAAAAACUUUCUUUCUUCCGCUGGCAUCUCUCAUCUCAUCACCCCACCACAUACUCCACAACACAAUGGUGUUGCCGAACGACGGCAUCGUCAUGUUGUCGAAACCGGUCUCACCCUUCUUCAUCAAGCCUCAUUACCUCUUUCCUAUUGGUCAUAUGCGUUUCAAACUGCUGUCUACCUCAUAAAUCGAAUGCCCACUCCCAUCCUAAAAAAUGUCUCACCAUAUCAACAACUCUUUCAUCAACAGCCCAAUUACUCACGUCUUCGUACCUUUGGAUGUCUGUGUUUUCCAUGGCUACGGCCUUACAACUCCAACAAGUUACUUCCUCGUUCCCGCGCGUGUCUUUUUCUUGGUUACUCCUCCAAUCAAAGUGCCUACAAAUGUCUUGAUCUCUCAUCCAAUAAACUUUUUAUCUCUCGUCAUGUCCAAUUUGAUGAGUCCACUUUCCCUCUUGCUAGUGCCCAUAAUUCCACUUCUUCUGUCCCCUCUCCUACUUCCACCUCUUGGUUUCCUCCUGUUACUCUUAUUCCUUUCCAAGCAGCCCCCAUGCCACCACCAUCGGCUACCACCUCCUCACCGACUGCACCAUCCACAUCGUCCUCCGCUGCCGCUUCUGCCUUGGAGCAGCUCUGCCCCCCUGCGCACAUACCACCUCCAGCCCCUACUGUCUCUCCACUUCCGCCACAAAACCCACCCACCUCUAACCCACCUCAUACUACUCUUACCCCUUCACAAACCAUGACCCCAACCCAUUUCCCUUCCAAUCCGAACCCCCACUGA